AUGGAGCGUUUCCUGGCUCUGCUGCGCCUCCUGAGCAGGAGGAGGAGAGGGUACCGCGCCGAUGACGACUACCAGGAAGGAUACGAAGACGUUUACUAUUACACCAGCAAGUACAACACACACCUUCUGAAUGAGGGGCCGUACACCAAACACUCGGCGGGGUCGCGACCCCCUGAUGGAGCGCUGGCCAUCCGGAGGCAGAGUAUACCAGAUGAGUUUCGGGGCUGCUCGGUGGUGGAGCUGAUGAAGAAGGAGGGGACGACCCUCGGCCUCACGGUGUCCGGCGGCAUCGACAAGGAUGGGAAGCCGCGGGUAUCGAACCUGCGGCAGGGAGGCAUCGCCGCCAGGAGCGACCAGCUGAACGUGGGCGACUACAUCCGCUCCGUGAACGGCAUCAACCUCUCCAAGUUCAGACACGACGAGAUCAUCAGCCUGCUGAAGAACGUCGGGGAGCGCGUCGUCCUCGAGGUCGAAUACGAGCUGCCGCCCGUCUCGGUGCAGGGGUCAGGGGUCAUGUUCAAGAAUGUGGAGGUCACGCUUCACAAAGACGGGAACAGCUUUGGCUUCGUCAUCCGGGGUGGGGCGACUGAAGACAGGAACAAGUCCCGGCCGAUCGUCAUAACAACCAUCAGACACGGCGGACCCGCUGACAGGGAAGGUACGGUGAAGCCCGGUGACCGGUUGCUAAGCAUCGACGGUAUCCGUCUCCAUGGCAGCACGCUGUCGGAGGCCAUGAGCAUCCUGAAGCAGUGCGGACAGGAAGCCACGCUGCUGCUGGAGUACGACGUCUCCGUCAUGGACUCCGUUGCCACGGCGUCCGGCCCGUUACUGGUAGAAGUUGCCAAGGCGACGGGCUCCAGUCUGGGCGUGGCUCUGUCCACCUCCAUGUUCUGCAGCAAACAGGUGAUCGUCAUCGACAAGGUGAAGCCCGCCAGCAUCGCAGACAGGUGUGGAGCUCUGCAUGCAGGAGAUCACAUCCUGUCCGUGGACGGGAAGUCGAUGGAGUUCUGUUCUCUGGCUGAAGCCACUCAGCUGCUCUCCGCUUCCUGUCAGACCGUCCGCAUGGAGAUCCUGCCACAGCACCAGGCCCGACCGGCCCUGAACGCACCGCAGCACGUCAAGGUGCAGCGUAGUACCCGCACCCUCCCCUGGGAGACGGGAGGCUCCGCCCCUGUCCUCCCCCCCUACCACUACAACACGUACCACCCCGACCAAUCAGCUGCCAGAAACCACAACCGCCACACAAACAACCCUCCGCUGAGCCACUCGUUCUCCCCCGGCUCCAUGUCAGCCUACAGUCUCUCAUCCCUCAACAUGAGCUCCCUCCCCAGGAACAUGUAUCCCAGCAGCCCGAGGGGCACGCUGAUGAGGAAGAAGGCCAAGAAGAAGGACUUCAAGAGCUCCUUGUCUCUGGCCUCCAGCACUGUGGGUCUGGCCGGGCAGGUCGUCCACACGGAAACCACGGAGGUCAUGUUGCUAGGCGAUGGCAUUAUGGGGUUCGGCCUGCAGCUGCAGGGCGGCGUGUUCGCCACGGAAACACUGUCCUCGCCGCCACUCAUCGCCUACAUCGACCCCGACAGCCCCGCGGAGAGGUGUGGCAUCCUGCAGAUCGGGGACCGGAUCUUGUCGAUCAACGGCAUCCCGACUGAGGACUCGACUCUGGAGGAAACCAAUCAGCUGCUCCGAGACUCGUCCAUCACCGCUCAGCUCACUCUAGAGAUCGAGUUCGACGUGGCCGAGUCCGUUAUUCCCAGUUCAGGAACGUUUCACGUGAAACUUCCCAAGAAACCCGGAGUGGAGCUGGGAAUCACCAUCAGCUCUCCGUCCAAUAGGAAACCAGGAGAUCCUCUGAUCAUCUCUGACAUCAAGAAAGGCAGCGUCGCUCACAGGACGGGGACCCUGGAGCUCGGGGACAAGCUGCUGGCCAUCGAUAACAUCCGGGUGGAGAGCUGCUCCAUGGAGGAGGCGGUGCAGAUCCUGACGCAGUGCGAGGAGCUCGUCAAGCUGAAGAUCCGGAAAGACGAGGACAACUCCGACGAACAGGAAGUGUCCGGCAGCAUCAUCUACACGGUGGAGCUGCAGAGGUACGGAGGUCCAUUAGGAAUCACCAUCUCCGGCACCGAGGAGCCGUUUGACCCCAUCAUCAUCUCCUCGCUCACCAAGGGGGGGCUGGCAGAGAGGACGGGAGCGAUCCACGUCGGGGAUCGUAUUCUGGCGAUCAACAGCAGCAGCCUGAAGGGGAAACCUCUGAGUGAAGCCAUCAGUCUGCUGCAGCAGGCCGGGGAGACGGUCACUCUGAAGAUCAAGAAGCAGGGGGACUUGGCAAGCCCAAAGUCUUGUCUGAUUGGGUCAGGCAUGGGGGCGGGGCUUGUGCGCGAACACCAGGACGGUGUUGACGAUCCGGUCAUCCUGGUGACGCCGCUGUCGAGUCAGCGAGUGUUUAGCACCCUGCCGUCGGUGGACAGCGCCGUGGAGUCCUGGGACGGGUCCAACGUGGACAGCAGCUUCACCUCCCCGGCUCCACCCUUUCAGUCGUCUCCGUACAGUUUCCACGAGUGGCGCAACGCCAAGACGACCAACAGCCAAUCAUCUUCGUCUGCUCGCCAGAGAGCCAAUCCGCUGUCAGACCUUGGCCUGUGCGACGACGACUGGGACCACCCACCAAUGGGAGGAGCCUUGAGUCUGCCCAGCGGUCUAAUCUCUGACAGCAGGUUCAGCGUGGGUCAUGAUGGGACAGAACCAGAUCAGGAGGAGAACUUCUGGUCUCAGGCUCUGGAGGAUCUGGAGACCUGCGGACAGAGCGGCAUCCUCCGAGAGCUGGAGGCUACUAUCAUGUCCGGUUCCACCCUCAGUCUUAACCACGACCCCACCCCGCUUCGCAGCACACUGGGCCGCCAGGCGAGCUUCCAGGAGCGAAGCAACUCCAAACCAACGGUAAACGCUCGGUCCAACACCUUGCCCUCUGACCCUACGCGCCGAGCCUUCGCCAUGAGGAAGAUGAGGCAGGAAGUCAACGAGAUCCUAAACCAGAACCCUGUGGAACUCCACAAGCUGACUCUAGAAAAGGCCACAGAUCUGGAGGAUUUUGGUUUCAGUGUUUCUGACGGUAUGUUGGACCGCGGUGUCUACGUGAACAACAUCCGACCAGGAGGACCGGCAGAGCGCGGCGGCCUCCGGGCUUAUGACCGGAUACUACAGAUUAACCACGUGCGGACUCGGGACUUCGACUGCUGCCUCGUGGUUCCUCUGAUUGCCGAGUCCCCGAACCAUCUGGAGCUCGUCAUCAGCCGAAACCCAACCUCCUCCUCCACCACGCUGCUGACGAAUCACACUGACGGCAUUAACAACAGCGGCCACUCCCCUCAGCCAAUCGGCAGCGACCUCGGACCUUUGGAGCUCUCCAUUGGCCAGGUGGAGGACGGCGGUCCGAUCAAGUGGAGCCAGCCGGGGGACAUGUUGGGGGCAGGGCUUGGGAUGGGUCAGGUCAAUAAUAAUUCCGUAUAGCAGAGAAACAAUGGAUUGAAUUAACCAGGUUGGACUGGAGAGGUCGACAAAAUGGCAAAAUGAAACUGGUUUUGACCAAUCCAAACUGGUUUAGAGUACCCCAUGGUGCUACACACACCUUCUGGAUGACUUUUGACCUGCUGAAGCAGCCUGAAAGCACACUGAUGGACCGGAGCAACUCCUCACCUUUUCACAUGAACCAGUUCUGCAUACUGGUUCUUCUUACUGGAGUCACUGGAGCCAGAACUAUAACUACUGAUCCUACUGGAACCACUAUAAGAGAGCUACUGGUCCGACCGGUCCGACAUUAAUGGGUACCCGAGCCCUGGACACUGAUUCUAUUAAAGCCACUGGUUUUAGAUUAAUGGUUACUGGUCCAACUAAAGCCAGAGCCACAGCCAAUUAAUGGUCUUACUGGCCAAGACACAUCGGCUCUGGUCUUAUGGGGAGUUCACACCAAAUGCAAAGCUGAUAGGCACUGGGCAAAAAAUGUGAAGGUAAUUGGUAUGAACUCGGCAUAAGUGGUGACAGAACCAGUCUGAAGCCAAAUCGAUUGGUCUUUCUGGUCCAGAAGACAUGGGUCCUGGUCUUAGUGGUGACAGCCCCGUGGCUACUGGUACAACUGACGCCAGUGCCACAGCUAUUGGUCUUACUGGUCCAAGACAUGGUUCUUGUCCUUUUGGUCAAAGAAUCAUGUGUACCAAGCAAGAACCAUGACUACUGAGUUCUACAAAUCCAGAACUGUGUCUUCUGGGCCGUCUGGUCUUACUAGAAUCAGAACCAUGGCUAUAAUGGUUGCACUUGCAAAGGACCACAGCAGCCCAAAGACUGAUCGGACCCCAGAAACUGCUGAUGGACAAACGGGUUGCCAUGUAGACUAGGGAAGCUCCGAUCUAGAGCCGAUGUCAUUGGGAUCGUCCAAACCCAUAGGGAUUACUGACUGGUUUUUGGUCUUAAAAGCACAUUUAUGUCAAAUAUAUUAUGUAUACAUCUCUUUAUUGGGCUCAGCGUUGGGUCUAGGCACAAAAUUAAAAAUAGUUGUGGUUCAAUACAAGUCUGAAGAUGGCAUAGUGCCAGUAUUAUAUUGAAAAUGUUGGUUGAAGGAUAAGGAUUAAAGACUUGGACGGUGUAGUUCAGUUUUUGAAAUAGAAGUCCUUCCUCUAAAAAUACCCAUUAGUUUAUAGCAUGCUGCACCAUCAAAGCACCAUUCAGUUCUUCAGUAAUAUCGACAAAAAGUCACUACAUUUCUUAGAUUUUUAGAUGUCAAAUCACAUGAAAACUUGCCGAAAUAUAAGGACUCAAAUUGCCAUUGUAAUAAUGGCUUGAUUAAUAAAUAAAUUACAAAUAUACAAUUAAUACAAAAUUAGUAAUUUUUCAAUUGCAUUUAUUUAUCAUCUAAUUUAAUGAUUUAGUCAUUAAUGUAUUUAUUAUAACGGCAGCUUUAGUCCUUUAUUGAUACCUCAUUUAACCUUAAUAUUAUAUUGUUUUUGCCACAAAAUUUGCCAAUUUAUGACUCAAUCAUGUUUUUGGGCUGAAUUAUGGUCGAAUUUAAAAAAGCCCUAUAGUCAAACUAAUAGUGAUAAGAUAUGAAUCCAGUCAGUAAUGAUCAGGUGUUUUAGGUCGGAGCAUCCCGGCUGAAUUGUACAGAAAGACACUACAGAUCAGAGUUCUGUGCCAUGAGCCGCAGAGGGUAAUAAUGACCCUGAGAACAAUGACACUGAGCAGUUCAAUAAGAAACCUUUUCUACUGUUUACACCUGUCGGACUGGCCACACUGUGUGUAUGUAUGUGUGCGUGUCUGUGCGUGUGUUUGUACGUCUUACGUGUGUGUGUUAAACACAAGGCCAGUUAAGCCCCGCCCUCCCUCUUCUUCCCUCGACCAAUAGGCAGCCGGGACGACAGACAGAUUCUGAGGGAUUCAGCUGAUUGGCUGGAACCAAUCAGAAAAAACCUCGCUGUCUGUCUGUGAUUGGCUCCACACACAAGUGGACCAAUCAGCUACCGGGAAGAAGCCAAGCAUGCCCCCUCUCUGACUACCCCCCCCCCCUCCUCUCUCCCCAGUAACAGUGAUCUAUUAUGCUAAUUGAUCGGUGUGUUUUUUGAUUGACUGUUGUCAGUUUUCUCUGUUUGUUUGUUUGUUUCCAUGGCGACUGAACCUGAAAAGAUGUAAAAUAGAUUUAAAAUAUGGCUUCAGUCGCCGUUGCUGUUCACAUCGAGACCAUCCAAACCCCGGAAAACCUUCACCUCAUUACCACGAAAACUACGAUGUUACACGAGAAAAAAUAUCCUGAAGAAACAGGAAACAAGUGAUGGUAAAUACCUGUGUGUGUGUGUGUGUGUGUGUGUGUGUGUGUGUGUGUGUGUGUGUGUGUGUGUGUGUGUGUGUGUGUGUGUGUGUGUGUGUGUGUGUGUGUGUGUGUUUAAUUUUGAAUGAUGUCAACAUCUUCCUGCUCUCACCUCUUUCUUAAACUAACUAUUAAAAACUGGCCAAUGAGAACCCUCAGCACCAACCGCCAAUAGAAACCCUCGCAGAGCUUCAACAACCAAUCACAUGCCGGGGAAAUGUGGAGGCCUAAAGCUGCCUUGUAAUGAAAUAUAUGACUAAAUAAAUAUAAAGGGCAAUACAACAUGUAAAUUAUAUAAAUAAAAAGAAGAAAUAAUUACAUAUGAAAAUAAUAAUGACAAAAUAAGUAAUUUAUCAAAGAAGAUUAAAAUGACAGCUGAACUCCUCCAUACAAUUUGUCCCAUGUGAGGAAACGAAGAGCUGUGAUUGGCUGUUCGUCUCCUUCCCAAAUUUUGCCAACUGCGUUUUUGAAUCGGAAGCAUAGAAUAUAGUUAGCAUGUGGCUAACACCGAGCACAGGGCUAUCAUUAGCCUAACAUGUGGCUGCUAUAGGGUUAACACACACAGCACAAGGCUAACACUAGCUAGCUUACAACCUCAAACAUAAGUUUGUCAUCAAAUAAAUACAAAUGGUUAGCACAAAGUUAACUUUCAAGGGCUAACAUCUAGCCAUCAUCCCUAAAUGUUAGCUCAUGGAUAACAAACCCAGUGCAUUUUCAGCCUCUCUUAGCAAAAGGCUAAUGCAGGGCUAACAUCUGUGUAGCAUACUUCGGUGUAAGGACAUGGCAGGAAUAUUUGUUAAGCAUGCAGCUAAAGCAGGGCAAUCAUCGGGCUAACAUUGCUAGGUGUUAUUAUAGGGCUAUCACCUGGAUAAGGCACCUGCUGAGUGCAUAUAAAACAAGGCUAACACACACAAACAAUAAACAAAGCUAAUAUAAGGUUAGCACAGAGGUAACAGAGCUAAUAUGCCUAGUAUAUAGUUAGCACAGGAGACAAGACUUAGCUACGGCAUAAUAAACAACUCUUAUUGUUAGCACACUGCUAACACUUAGGUCACGCUAGAUGUUAGCACCCAGAACAAGGCUAACAAAGGACUAAAGCCUGGUGUAGCUAACAGCUCACACAGGGCUGCAACUAUUAGCUAUUAGCAGUUAUCCAAGGCUAGCACAGGGCUAGGGUAGGUUUUAGUUAGCAUAUUGUUAGCAUUCACCUUUUUAUGGCUUACAUUACACAAAACUCAUGUUGGUAUUCAGCCUUGCCAGGUGAUAAGCACUGUUAGCAUGUUAGUAUGGAGGACUAAAACUGCAGUUAUAAUAAAUAAAUGACUAAAUAAAUAUGUGAAUUAAAAAAACAGAAAUAUCGAUGAAGAGAUAAUAAGUUAAUAAUAAUAAUUGUAAUUAAUUUAUAAAUAAAAGCUGCAGAGCUGAGGGGCUUCAGGAGGGUUUGAUGAGUGAGAUUUAAAGCCAUAAACACUGUGUUUGUGCGCAUGUACUACCUGUGUGCGUUAGCGUGUAAAGGUGUGUAUGUGUGAGUGUGUGUAUAUUACAUUGCAGGGAUUUGCACUCUAGUGAUUCACCUCAGCAAUACAUCCACCCCCCACACACACACACACACACACACACACACACACACACACACACACACACACACAUGCAUUGCACUGCCAUUUAAAAAUUGUGGGUCAGAUUAGUUUCCAUGUAGCUUCACCAACCUACCAAACUGUAUUUUUCUUUAAAGGAACAGGGAUGUUGUAAAGUAUUUUUGUACAAAUUUAAUACUUUGGUAGCAUGACGUUCCUGGUGUUUGUCCUGUUGGGCUCCACUGCUCUCCUCCACCCCCCUUUGUAUGGACGACUACUGAGCAACAAUAAAGAUGAAGACCU